CGCGCGUGCACCCGGCCAUUGUGCCGCUAUUUGUCUACUCUCAAAAACUCUUAAAUACACCGCCUGAGCGCUGCGACAAGCUGGUGAUCCAGGUGGACACCUUGUGGAGUGCGCCAGCUAGAUCCCGUUUCCGCGCUUUGAUACAUCUUGACCGCCUCGCGUUCUUGUACAUCACUUAUCUUACCACUGCACCCGCAGUCGCCGGUCGCACCACACCCCUCCCUGCGUACUGCAGCUGCAGACACAGCGUCUAAAUCCGCCACAAUGGCAAUGGGUGUUGGAGAAACCAUUACCGUGAUUAAUAAGUCGGGCAAGGUGGUGAGCAAUAGCAAGCACCUCGUCAGCGUCUUCAAGGAGGCCAAGGCCGCCUACCGCGAGCGCAAGGCAGAGAUCAAAGCAGAGCGCGAUGCUGCCUUGCGCGAGAAAAAGGCAAGCGAGGGCAUAAAAGCCCUCCGCAUCGCCGACGACGACACGCGCUCCCGUGCCUCCUCCCGCCAUUCCAAGCAAUCAAAGUCGCAUAGACGCCCCUCCCGCCAAUCCAGACCCGCCAUGGAGCGAGGCUACACCGACAGCUUCUACGCAAAUGACAACCCGCCAAGCGGCGGCCAUCGCUUCGAACAGGACCUCGCAGGCGACGCAUGCGUUGCACACCACCAGGAGAUUGUGAGGAGGCACUCGGACGUCUAUGUUGCAACGUCCAAGAAAUCGCGGAAGGACUCGAUUGAUAUGGACCUGGCAUACGGCGACAUCCCGCCGCCCCUGCCCGCAAAGAGGUACGAGGAUGUGGAGCUGAAAGAGAAGGCUUCCAAGAUCACCAUACUCCUCGACGAGGCCAAUUGCCUACAAUACUCCGUCACCGCCAUGAUUGAAAACCUGCAAAAGAACCCAGAGGCUCUUGCCGCCGUGUCCCUCACCCUUGCUGAGAUCAGCGCCAUCGUAGGAAAGAUGGGCCCUGGUGUACUGGUCGCACUCAAGGGCAGCUUCCCCGCCGUCGCCGCUCUGCUUCUCAGCCCACAGUUCAUGAUCGCUGGAGGCGUUGCUGUUGGCGUCACCAUUGUCGCGCUGGGUGGCUACAAGAUCAUCAAGAAGAUCCAGGCCCAGAAAGAAGGCGAAGUAGUCCCCAUGCCUCCUAUGGCAAUGCGCGCCGUCGAAGAUACACAGGAACUCGACGAGCUCGAACCACAAGAGCUGAGCCGUGUUGAGAUGUGGCGUCGCGGCAUCGCAGACGUCGAGGCGGCCAGCGCUGGCACCAGUGUUGAUGGAGAGUUCAUCACGCCUGGAGCUUCGCGACAGCUCAUCGCUGCAGGUGUGCUCGAUGAAGACGACCUCAAAUCUCGCCGGAGUACCAGAUCCAAAAAGGAUGGCGAGUCGAGACCGAAGUCGCAUCGCGCGAGGUCUGAGAAGAGUACCAAGACGAGCAAGACUUCCGAUACCAAACGAAGCAAGACGGUGAAGGAGAGCACCAAGAAAAGGGAGAAGGAGCCGUCGGGCUUGAGGAUGUUGUUUCGUUCGCAUACUGCACACUAACCCAUGGUCUGAUGCACAGCAUAGUGUCCUUUUAUUCCUGUCAUAGCGUUCGGCGUGUCGCAUAUCCAUACAUCUAGCGUUCAGCAUUUAGCGUUGCUUCGUUCCUUAUACCACAUAGAUGACGUUGCAUGGGACAUCCUAUCUUUGG